GGGGUGCAAGAUGGCGCAAGCGGCGCUCCCCCUGCGCCCCGGGCGCUCCUAGGCAGGCAUGUGGCCCCAGCCCCCCGCCGCCCGGGCUCGGCCCCGGCCGGAGCCCCGGCCCCGACCCCGGCGCCGGCCCCGCGGGACGCUGUGAGCCGCGAGAGGCCCCGGAGCCGCGCGUCGCCGAGCCGAGCGGACCGAGAGCCCCAUGGCUGCUCCGCGCGCCGCGUCCCCGCGCCGCCGGCCCCGGCUCCUGCUGCCGCUGCUGCUGCCGCUGCUGCUGCCCGCGCCGAGCGACGGUCUUGGCCACUCUGCUGAACUGGCAUUUGCUGUGGAGCCGAGUGAUGAUGUUGCAGUUCCCGGGCAGCCUGUAAUGCUGGGCUGCAGGGUGGAGGGCACCCCUCCAGUGCGAAUCUCCUGGAGGAAGAAUGGGGUGGAGCUGCCAGAGAGUACCCACUCCACCCUGCUGGCCAAUGGGUCUUUGAUGAUCCAUCACUUCCGGCUGGAUCCGGGAGGCAGCCUUUCAGACGAGGGUGACUAUGAGUGUGUGGCUCAGAACCGCUUUGGGCUGGUGGUCAGUCGGAAGGCUCGCAUCCAGGCUGCAACCAUGUCGGACUUCCAUGUGCAUCCCCAGGCUGCCGUGGGCGAGGAGGGUGGUGUGGCCCGUUUCCAGUGCCAAAUCCAUGGGCUUCCCAAACCCCUGAUCACAUGGGAAAAGAACAGAGUCCCCAUUGACACUGACAAUGAGAGGUACACGUUGCUGCCCAAGGGCGUCCUGCAGAUCACAGGACUUCGGGCUGAGGACAGCGGCGUCUUCUACUGUGUGGCCUCGAAUAUUGCCAGUGUCCGGGUCAGCCACGGGGCCAGGCUCACCGUGUCGGGCUCGGGCUCCGGGGCCUACAAGGAGCCGACGAUCCUCGUGGGGCCUGAGAACCUCACCCUGACGGUGCACCAGACCGCUGUGCUGGAGUGUGUCGCCACGGGCAACCCGCGCCCCAUUGUGUCCUGGAGCCGCCUGGAUGGCCGCCCCAUUGGGGUGGAGGGCAUCCAGGUGCUGGGCACGGGGAACCUCAUCAUCUCCGACGUGACCGUCCAGCACUCGGGUGUCUACGUCUGUGCGGCCAACAGGCCCGGCACCCGGGUGAGGAGAACCGCUCAGGGCCGGCUGGUGGUACAAGCCCCAGCAGAGUUUGUCCAGCACCCCCAGUCCAUCUCCAGGCCAGCCGGGACCACAGCCAUGUUCACCUGCCAAGCCCAGGGUGAGCCGCCGCCUCACGUCACGUGGUUGAAGAAUGGACAGGUGCUGGGGCCAGGAGGCCACGUGAGGCUCAAGAAUAACAACAGCACCCUGACCAUUUCUGGAAUCGGCCCUGAAGAUGAGGCCAUCUACCAGUGCGUGGCCGAGAACAGUGCUGGCUCCUCACAGGCCAGUGCCAGGCUGACCGUGCUGUGGGCUGAGGGGCUGCCCGGGCCCCCUCUCAAUGUGCGGGCGGUCUCCGUGUCAUCCACUGAGGUCCGUGUGUCCUGGAACGAGCCCCUGGUCAACACCAAGGAGAUCAUCGGCUAUGUCCUGCACAUCAGGAAGGCCACCGACCCCCCAGAGCUGGAGUAUCAGGAAGCAGUUAGCAAGAGCACCUUUCAGCACCUGGUGAGCGACCUUGAGCCCUCCACUGCCUACAGCUUCUACAUCAAGGCCUACACACCAAGGGGAGCCAGCUCAGCCUCCACCCCCACGCUGGCCAGCACCCUAGGAGAAGCCCCCGCCCCACCCCCGUUGUCUGUGCGGGUCCUCGGCAGCUCCUCCCUGCAGCUGCUGUGGGAGCCCUGGCCCCGGCUGGCCCAGCACGAGGGUGGCUUCAAGCUGUUUUACCGCCCAGCAAGCAAGGCCUCCUUCACCGGUCCCAUCCUGCUGCCCGGGACCGUCUCCUCCUACAACCUCAGCCGGCUUGACCCCACUGCAGUGUACGAGGUGAAGCUGCUUGCCUACAACCAGCAUGGGGACGGCAACGCCACAGUCCGCUUCGUGUCCUUGAGGGGAGCCUCUGAGAGGACAGCCCUGAGCCCGCCAUGUGACUGCCGCAAGGAGGAAGCCACCAACCAGACAUCCACCACGGGCAUCAUCAUUGGCAUCCACAUCGGGGUCACCUGCAUCAUCUUCUGUGUCCUCUUCCUUCUGUUCGGCCAAAGGGGCAGGGUCCUCUUGUGUAAGGAUGUGGAAAACCAGCUCUCCCCUCAGGGCCCUCGGAGCCAGAGGGACCCUGGCAUCCUGGCACUGAAUGGGGCAGGACAGGCAGAGCGGGGCCGGCUGGGCCGAGACGAGAAGCGUGUGGACGUGAAGGAGCUAGAGCAGUUGUUCCCCCUGGCUGGGGCAGCGGGACAGGCAGACCCCAGACCUAACCCCAGACCCACGGAUCCUGCAGCCCCUGGCCUGUGUGAGGAAACCCAGUUCUCCAUGCUGCCGCUUCAGGGGUUCGGCCUCCUGGAGGAGAUGACGUCAGAGGCCAAGGCUCCCUGUGCGGGCUCUGCGGCUGUCCCGCUACCCCAGGAUGCAGGCCCCGGCCUCCCUAGUGAUGGACAGGUUGCCUGGCCUUCCAUGGCACCAGUUGCCCAGCCAGCUCUCUCGGGACAGUAGACAGUGUCUGGCAGGCUCCGGUGGGGGGCAACCCCCCAUUCUCAGGUCAAAGGCAAGAUUUCUCCUGUCACGUGGGAUUUGGAUGGGGGCUUCCCAGCAUUUCUGUCCUGACUGCCCCUCAGGUUGUCAAGACCUAAAGUAGUCUCAGCGGGAACCCCCCCAAGGACCUGGAGGGGUCGCUGCAGGAGUCCCUGCCUUGGGCUAAUGCCCCCUCACCUCUGCCUGGCACCCAUGUGACUCGGAACUGAACUAAUGUUUCCCUUCAAAAAAGAGAGAGAGAGAAGAGAGAGAAAGGUGAAUUAGACUCCAAAAAUACGCCCCUGCGGUAGCUGGGCCCUGACAUGGUCAUUCUCCGCCGACCUUGUUUUCUCAGGAUGGAUUGUUGCUGUUUUGGCUCUCAGCACCUACCUCAGCCGGAAUGAAUGUCCUUAGGGGCGGGGGCCGAGGCCUCAGUCCCCUACCCCUGCAGAGCCCCGAAUGCACUCCUACCUCAAGCCCGUUUAGGGGCCCUCCCUCUCCCUCCCCACAUUAUUGUCCAGAGUUUAAAAAAAAAAAAAAAAAAAGGAAAAAAAAGCACUUCCCCGUUUCCAGGUGUGAAAGAAACCGUCUACCUCAAGGCUCGCUGGCUCUCCGGGCCGUGCUGUGUCACUGGACCCUCCCUCCUGGCUCCUCCUGCCCAAAGCACCCCCCAUCUCUCCCCCAGAGAGGAGGCCGGAGGCUAAAUCACCAAGGGUGGGCCUCUCGGGGCCUACAAAAAUAAAGAUGAAAUUGGUCAAAGUAAAUGUGAGAAAAAGCCAAAAAUGAGGAAAUAUAAAUAUAUGAAAUAUAAAUCAUUGCUCCAAACUAGCUGCCUGCCAGCACACUGCCGGUCCUCUGUCCUGUCUUAUUGUCUCGACUGUUCAUUCCCAUUUUGACCCUCUCAGCCAACUCGUCCUUGAUUAGGAUCCCGAGGACCCUCUCUCCGCCUGGGCCUCGGGGGGUGGGCGUCCCCCCCAGCCUGCCUCCUGUCGCUCCCAGACGCGGAGGCCCUGGAGCGGGCUGGCCCCUGGAAUGUACUGUGUGAGUGACGGGUGUGUGCGUGCGUGGGGGGCGGGGGGUGGUCCCCAGCAGAGGCGCCCCUGCCCUCUGUCCCAUGGGACACAGCCAGCUUGACCCACCUCCCGGACAGUGGAAUGACCACUGUCAGCAGAUGCGGCCGGAAGCUAUUUUUAUACAAGGUGUGUUUAAGGAUUCAUGUUCUUGUGACUUCUUGUUUCUCUUUCUGUUGUGUUGUUUUUUUGGAAUACUUAGUUAAAAAGAAGAAAAAAAAAAAACCAAGGAAACAAAUACUUAUUUUUGGUUACACUCAGAAACAUUUUUUUAAAUAGCAGAAAGAAUACUUUUUUUUUUUAAAGGAAAAAAAAGAUGUGUAUUCCUUAAGUAUAAGAUUAGACCACAAAGUCCCGGACCCCCAACCCUCUAGGGACCCCCACCCCAACCUUUAGUUCAUUAGCUGAAGAAGGCAGACUGCGGUGUUUUCCUGGAGGACUGGAGUCGUGUCCGUGUGGACUCAGUGAAGGGCAAGUCGUUCCUUCUCCCAAAUGCAGGGCCCAUGCCGGGGGCCCCUCACACCUCCUGGGCAGUGCCCCUUGGUCCCCGCAGCGGCUUCUCUGCACCCCGCUUCAUCCUGGAACCCCUUCUCCUGUGGGAAGGGUGGGUCUGGGGGAGGAGAAGGUGGGGGGCCACCUGGCUUGACUUGACCCGACUUUUGUCACACUCUACUCAUUUUGACUGAAUAAAAGUCCUGUUGCCAAAGUGAA